GCACAAGUGUGUGUUGAGUCAAUGACACAUCGAGACCGUAAAUAAGUCUGAAAUCAGUUCUUUUUUUGUAUUCGGAUAUAUAAGGAAUGGUUUAAGGAGUCGAAUGACAUAAUCGACAUAAUCAUUGUGCUCAGAACAUUGUUUAUAUAUUAUUUGAUCAGGUUUUGAACGUCGUCACUAUUUUAAAGGCGCAAAUAGAAGAGUGAACGGCAGAACAGAAAACAGGAAUUGAAACAAGAACUGACACAUUUGUGAAUGAAUCGAACGUAAAAAGAGGAACAACAACGUUACAUUGCCAAAAUCAAGCUCAGCGUCGAAAGUGUCUGAGAAGUGAAAGUGUACUUGUUCUUCUUAUUUGAAGCAAAAAUGGCCAGCAACUACAUAGCAAAAGGGAUCGUGUAUGUGAUUUCGGACAUUUUAAGUCUGGUCACCGUUGUACUGUGUAUGGUUCAAAAAUUACCACAAAUUCGUGAUAUAUACACUUAUAAAUCUGCCAAAGGCAUUAGUGCGACUUCAUUGAUGUUGGAAUUAUUUGGAUACACAGUGAUGAUGCUUUACAACUAUACCUAUUCUUAUUCGCUGCUUUCAUAUUUGGAAUAUCCAAUUCUUCUUGUUCAAGAGUAUAUUUUGGUUGCUCUCGUACUUAAGUAUAAAAAUAUGCUAAACCAAAAAAGUUUCACGGCAAUCGGUAUAUACUGGGCUGUGGUUCUAUUAUUUGCAUACCAAAUAUGUCCGAGAUUCUUGUUGGCCAUGGCUGUACCAUUCUGUACACCAAUUGGAGCUACCAGCAAAGUUCUUCAACUAUUGGAAAUUCUGCGAACGAAAGAUUCAACCACUGUCAGUCUUACGUCUUGGUUUUUGUCCGCCUUUACAAACUUGACUCGUGUUUAUACCACUUCCGUUGAGACUGGCGACACCAUGCUGCUGAUUAAUUUUACCAUUUCAUUUGCACUCAGUAUGUCAGUAUAUUUGGCGGCAUUCUAUUACAAACGAAAUCGCCCAAAAAUAUUCACCCAGAAAAAAGUAUUUGUGAUUAACAAAGAUUGAACUGAAAAUCGAAUUGAAAACGAAGCUAUCAAGCGAGGAUUGCAUAAAUGCCCAUGACUAAGAUUUAUUCAAUGUUGACAAUAACAUUUACUAAACGUUGUAAACACAUUAAUUUAACUAGUCAUUGAAAAUCGAACUUUUUUUUGUUGCUUUUUUGUUUUUGUUUACAUUAUAUGAUUUUGCUUACGCUUUCUCAUGCAAAUUGAAUUAAUUGAAAAAAAUGUA